AUGGCAAAGGUUUUUGCAACCCUCAUUUUCGUGCUUAGCUUUCUCAUUCUCGGAACGGAAUCGAUCGUCACUGUCAGCGAGCACUACUGCUCAAAUUCGAGCACUUUUGCUCCGGACAGUGCCUUCGAGACCAGCCUCGACCUUCUCCUCCGUUCCCUUUCCUCUCGUGCCAACUCGAGUGACGGGUUCUUUGACACCAGCCAAGAGAAGCCAGGCGACGCCAAUGCUGUGCACGGCGGCUUCCUAUGCAGGGGAGAUGUCCCGAAGGAUGUAUGCAUGGAAUGUGUGACAAACGCUGGUGUCAGCAUCAGAAAGAUCUGUCCUAUGGUCAGAGCGUCCAUCCUCUGGUUCGAUGAGUGCAUGCUGCAGUAUUCGGACCGUAACUUCUCCUUGGCCGUGGACACAGCGCCUCUUCUGGGUGGGUAUAAUCCAGAGCAUGCGAAAGAGCCUGCCGAGCUAAUGAAGCUAUUGAACAGUACAAUGAACCAGUUGAUAAAUCCGGCAGCUGAACGACCCGAUAAGAAGUACGCUUACAGCGAGGUCUCCUUCAGUGAAUCAAGGGGCACAACUCUAUACACGUUCGUCCAGUGCAGGCCUGAUAUCUCGGUGGCUCGCUGUGAGGAUUGCCUGCGGAAUGCGACUUUAAAUCUCCUGACGAUCGAAAAGGGGAAGAUCGGGGGCAGAAUAUUGCUUCCAAGUUGCUUCGUCAGGUUCGAGAUAUACCUGUUCUAUGAAAAAGCCUCAAACACCUCCAACUUCUUGAAAGUGGACAAGAAAAGGCAUUCUCGAUCAAGAUUAGUUGUCGGGAUCGCUUCUGCAACUUCAGCAGUCGUGCUACUUUGUGUCGUGAUCUGCUUUAUGCUCAAAAGAGAAAGGAACAAGAGAAACAGUGUCGAAGAGGAUCCUAUUGUUGCGAGCGAACUCUCGGAACUACAUUCCCUGCAAUUUGAUGUGUGCGCAAUUGAAGCCGCCACUGCUUCCUUCUCAAAUCACAACAAAUUAGGUGAAGGCGGGUUUGGUCCAGUUUACAUGGGUACACUUCCUUGUGGGAGAAAAAUUGCAGCUAAAAGGUUGUCUCAAAGCUCGAAACAAGGCGUGCAGGAGUUCAAAAACGAAGUCGAAUUGGUAGCCAAACUUCAGCAUCGAAACCUAGUGAGGCUAUUAGGAUUUGCCAUGGAAAGAGAAGAAACGAUACUAGUCUAUGAAUACGUUCGCAAUGGAAGCCUCGACCAGUUGCUUUUCGACCCUCAGCGAAGCAUGCAGUUGGAUUGGGCAGCACGCCACAAGAUCAUGGUUGGGGUGGCGCGCGGUCUUGUUUACCUUCACGAAGAUUCUCGGCUCCGAAUAAUCCAUCGUGACCUCAAAGCUAGCAACAUUUUGCUCGAUGAUGAUCUGAACCCGAAAAUCUCAGACUUUGGUAUGGCAAGGAUUUUUGGUGCUGAACAGACUCAAGGAAGUACAAACAGAAUCGUCGGCACAUACGGCUACAUGUCUCCUGAAUACGCCAUGCAUGGACAAUUUUCAGUAAAAUCCGACGUGUACAGCUUUGGUGUGCUAAUGCUCGAAAUUAUAACCGGCCAGAAGAGUCAGUAUUCUUACAUAGCAGAUCAUGAUGCAGGCCUUCUCAACUACGUUUGGGAACACUGGAGAAUCGGAGCGUCGUUGGAAAUUGUGGAUCCAGCUCUGAGUGAAUCUAUCUCUGCAAAUGAAGUGAUCAGAUGUAUUCACAUUGGCUUGAUCUGCGUUCAGAACGACAAAGAAGCCCGACCUGCUAUGGAUGCAGUUGUUCUUAUGCUUGGUAGUGCCGAUUCCGUUAGCCUCCCCGUGCCCGAGCAACCCACAUUCGUCAUCCCAAGUGUGAAGCACAAACAACAAUCUCAAGAUCAAAAAUCAGAUCGAUCCGGCGAGAAGCUCAAUAGCAGCAGCAAGACAACUCCACAAUAUUCAGUGGGCAGCGGCUGUCUAACUGAUGUGGCUCAUAGAUAGAGACGGGGAAAAGAUCAUGGAGCACACUCGAAAUCCACUGAUCAAUGUACAAUUCAUGAGCUA